ACCAAAUUUACGACCACUUGUUCAACUUUAUAUAGUAAAUACAUUUUUAUAUCCCCAUGGCCGUUCUACCUCCAGACCCUGUGUUUAGCUUACGCUGCCCAGAAAUGGGUGCCGUCUAUUCUUUAUGUUUUCAUGAGAAUGAACGCCUGUUAGCCGGUACCUUAAAAGGCAACGUGUUUUUGUGGGAUCUACAGACAAAUCGCUGCGGCCUGCACUUUGAGGUGAGCAAAGAAGCCGUUACUAAUCUUCAUCACACGCCAGAUCGCCUGGUGACACAGGAGAAAGGUGGAACCGUAACUAUGUGGUCAAUGACCAACACCUGCUAUGUGCGCGAGCGCAGCAUUCCCGGCAACCACUUGGGCUACUGCCGCACUGCACUGCAUACAAACCCGAAUAACACAAACGAGCAGUUAUUAUUCUAUCCAUGCGGAGAGUCCACUAUAGGCGUCUUGCACGUCACUGACCCGGCAGCGCCAACGCAAAUGCUUGUGCCUGAUGACCCGCAGCUGCCAAAACUUGGAACAGUUACCUGCUUUAAGCCCUUCGAGUGUGCAUCGCAGUUAUUUUUGCUGGCUGGCUACGAGUCGGGUCACUUUUUAACUUGGGAUCUCAGCUCAGGCGUGAUCGUUGACGUGAUGGCCGAUCUGGCACCAGAACCUAUGACUGUAGAUUAUGAUCCUGUGACAAAUCGGGGCAUUGUCGGCACUGCUUCGGAUAAGCUAACUGCCAUAAGUUACCAACGGCAGUCCAUGCAGCUGCAACGUGGCCCUGAACUGAGCAUUAAGAAUGCCGGCGUCAAUAUCGUGCGCAUACGGGGCGACCAAAAAGUUUUUACCAGCGGUGGCUGGGAUGGACGCAUACGCAUCUUUUCGUGGAAGAGUCUACGACCUCUGGCCGUACUGACGCAGCACAAGCAGGGAGCCGUCAUGGAUAUAGCCUACUCGCCACAGGAGGUGUCAAUGUGGCGAGCACCCAUAAUGGCAGCAGCUGGCAUGGAUGGCCAAAUUUCACUCUGGGACUUGUACAAUUGAAACUUUCUCACUAAGAGUUAAUAUUCAAUAUUACUGUUAUCAUGUUAAAGCAAAAGCUUGCACCGACUGAGGACAUGCAGUUCUCAAGCAUUUUGAAAGGUUUUAAGGAGUAUGCACCUAUGAAAGGAUGGGAAAAAAUCAUCAUAAUCCUAUUAAUGAGUAACUCCCAGCUCAUGGCUUUGAAUCAUUGAAAUAAAAUAUUAUUAAAUUAUAA